CAUGAAUCAGUCUGCUCAGAAAACUUGGAUAAUAGAAAAGUCAGUUGGAUCUCUACAAUCAAUAGUUAAUGUACAAAAAUUACCAGAAGAUAUCAAAAUAGAUGGUGAUAUUAUAGACUUGUUAGAGAGACUUUCAUUAGUCCUUUGUGCUACAAAACGGGGAAUUGAAACAUUGGAAGCAUCUGUACAGUUUGCAGAUCAAAUAUUGGAAGUAAAUGUAACUGAUAAUGUGCCAUUAAUUACUCAUCUGGAGAAUAUGUAAGAACGA